AUGGUGAGACUUACUGAACACAGUAUUGAUCUGUCUAACAACGGGCAGUCGAUCCCCAGCACACCUCGCUCGCGAUCCCGGUCGAAGCGGUCAACAACCAACCUCAGCGACCUCCGCCUUGCACCUCUCUCCACCAAAUUCGCCGAGCCGGAACGUAAAGCUCCCAAGAGCACGUAUGACGAGUCGGCAGAGGCAGCGUUCACGAGGCAGCACUCCUCGUAUCUACAGGGCAAAUCCGCGCCCUCGACUCCCGGCAUCCUGAGCAGAAGCUCCAGCCGCAGAUCCCUAGGAGCAGGACUGAGCAGAAAGAGCUCGAUAUAUGACGACGACGAGGCGGAUGAUGAGAUCAGCUACUCAUAUGCUGCACCGCCGCGGACAUCUGUUGGCGCUGAACGGGCAGAUUUCGGAAGUGGACAAAUUCCCAAGGCGAAGAGCGAGGCUGCGAUUUCGGGACAGCAGCAAAAGCAGAAUAGACUCUCUGGACAAGGCGUCCCGGUUUCGCGACGUUACAAGUAUGGGCGCAGAUCUGGAGCCGCAACUCCGAGGAACGAGCACGAUCUUCAGAACGAGAGCUGGUUGACACAUACCGGAGCUGCUGCGUCGGCACUGGUGCAAGAGGAUAAAGGACUGAGCUGGCUGGCUUCGCGCGCCUCGUCUACAUCUUUAGCUCCGCCAGAGUCGGAAGAAGACGAGGAUGAUGAUCAGUACGAAGAAAUGGCGGCACUAAGCGCUAGCACUGCCAACUUGCAGCUUGCCAGCUUCGACGGAGGUAGCCCAGUGAGCACAAGAGUAAGCAGAUGGGGAAGCAGAUACGGUAGUCGGUCUGUCAGCAGGAGAACCUCACGAAGGACAAGCCCGGUUGGAACGAGAACACCGCGAAGAGGCGAUUUCCCUGGCUAUUUCGACGAUCACCGACCCGAGCUGCCUGAAGAGGAGGCUGGCUUUGUCGAUCCCGAUAAAGAUCAAGACGAGCACAAGGAAGUAGAACUAUUGGGCAAUUCCAACACAUUCGGCUUGGGUAACUUCGUGGACCGCAUUAUGAAAGUCGACAUUUUCCGGGCAGAGGACGGUACGGACACAACCGAUGACGACACUCAUGGUGACGAAACAGCCGAAGAGGCACGGAAAAGGAGGUCUCUGGAGAUGAAGAGAAGGAAGGAGGAGAAAGCGAAGCUAGUGUCUCAUCCUCCUCCGGCACCUCUAAAUGAUGGUGAGAAUGGCCAGGGCGAUGGCGGCGGAUGGCAGGAUGCCGCUUGGCUUUUGAGUGUUGCGUCGAAGGCUAUGUUCUGA